AUGGGGAGUUCUGGAAGAAAUGAUCCCAGGGGAAUUAGCCUGGAGUUUGAGGAGAUUAGAAUAUUCAUCCCUCUCAAGAGACCUGAGGGAGGUGUGGAGGAGGAAGCAAAUGGCCCCCUGUCAGCCGAUGGGAGUCCAGCAGCCUUCCUGCUCAGCCUCAUUCUAGAGCCAGGCAGGGUUUCAUUGGCUUUCUACCUGGAGAGCCCAGGUGCCAAGCAGCUGCCCAAUAUGUUCGGUGACCUUCGAUCAACAUUUAUUGCCUUGAUGAUUGGAUCCUAUGCUUCCUCAGCAGUUACCUUCCCGGGAAUCAAGCUCAUCUACGAUGCUGGUGCCUCCUUCAUUGUCAUCCUGGUGGUCUGGGCUGGCUGUUCUGGCCUGGUCUUCCUCAACUGUUUCUUCAACUGGCCACUAGAACCCUUCCCAGGACCAGAGGACAUGGACUACUCGGUGAAGAUCAAGUUCAGCUGGCUGGGCUUUGACCACAAGAUCACAGGGAAGCAGUUCUACAAGCAGGUGACCACAGUGGGGCGCCGCCUGAGCGUGGGUAGCUCCAUGAGGAGUGCCAAGGAGCAGGCUGCGCUGCAGGAGGGCCACAAGCUGUGCCUGUCCACCGUUGACCUGGAGGUGAAGUGCCAGCCUGAUGCUGCAGCGGCCCCCUCGUUCAUGCACAGUGUGUUCAGCCCCAUCCUGCUGCUCAGCCUGGUUACCAUGUGUGUCACACAGCUGCGGCUCAUCUUCUACAUGGGGGCCAUGAACAGUAUCCUUGAGUUCUUGGUCAGCGGGGACCAGAAGACAGGUACCCCUCCACGCAGUUUGGUAGUCUUACAGGACUGCAGUCCCUGGUCAGUGCGCUCUUUGCUCUCCUGCAGCAGCCACUGUUUCUGGCCAUGAUGGGUCCUCUCGGAGGAGACCCUCUCUGGGUGAACGUGGGUCUGCUCAUCGUGAGCAUGCUAGGCUUCUGCCUGCCACUUUACCUGAUUUGCUACCGGCGCCAGCUGGAGAGGCAGCUUCAACAGAAGAGGGAAGACAGCAAGCUGUUCCUUAAGGUCAAUGGCUCAUCCAACCGGGAGGCUUUCGUGUAGGGCCCGCCUACCGCCUCAGAGCUGUGGCCUCCUGCCCGUGCUUCAGUGACUUGGCCUCUGUCAUCUCCCCGCCCCAGAGGAUCCCAUGUGCUCCCUGGAUCCUGCCUUUCACCACACUGGAGCCCACACUUCCUCACAAAGCCUGGCCCUGCCCUGGAGUGCUGGUGUGGAAGGACAGGAGAGAGCCCAGGACAAAUGAGCCUCCCACUGCCAGAAACUGGGCUGGCCUGGCCUAGCUGUCGCCCCAGGGGUUCUGGGGUCUUGGAUCUCCAUGGGGCCUGUACCUGGAGCCAAGGGGAGUCCCCAGCAAGCAGGCUCUGCCUCACUGAUCUGGAUUCUGCCUCUUGCCAAAGCAGAGGGGCCUGCCAUCCUCUCCCCACACUACCUGUCCCUGAGCUGCAUGCCCACCAACCACGCCUACCUGAGGACAAAGGCUUGCACUGUCUGCACUCCCCUCUCCUGGCCCCUUACCUCCCCUGGCCAGUCUGUGGCUGCCUGAGGAAGGAAGGACCCGCUUCCUGUUGUUGGUGCUAACCCCUUUGUAAUCCCAGUACCCCCCCCCCAUGACUAGUCCCUGGUCUGUCCUUCCCUUGAAGGCCUGUGGAGAUGACAACACCGCCCCCCCCCCCCAUCUCAGUCUGGGGAAGGGAUGGAGGACAGAAUAGUUAUACAAAGCCUCAAGAGCCACGGGCAAGGCUUCUUCCUUAGACUGGAGGAAGUACAUUUCAACUGCCACCCUUGUUCCAGCCUGCAACCUGAAGGGAACUGAGGGGACGUCACAAGAGCACCCUUCCACCCA